UCUAGUUGAGCCCUCUUCCCCUUCUUUAUCUAUCCACUUCUAAUGGCAGCCACCGUCACUCUUGUUGGCAAUGGUUAUGUGUACCCAAACGACAGUUUCGGUUCUAUUUCUAAUGAUGGCCUUGAAGGAUGGACCGAUGCCACUGGAUCAACCCGUGUCUUCUUUUUGCCACAGAAAACUGGAUGGAUCUCUGUUUCAAUCCAGGCAAGAUCAGUUGACAACACUAACACCUUGCGCUUAAGCCUCGAUGGUAGUCCCAAUGCUGCACACGACGUAGUUUUGCCCAUGUCCUCUGAUUUCAAAACUUAUACAGUGGGAACUUAUACCAUUUUCAGCGCAGAGUAUCACUAUCUGGAAAUACGUGCAGUCACCCAAAACUCAACCUACCUUCCUGAAGUGCAAGCGCUGAUCAUCUCUGGUUCUGCUGCCGAAGGCCUCAGGUAUAACAAGAGCUCCAAUCGCGCUGCACCCUCAACGCAUCUCUGGUACAACACAGAUGCUAUCCAGGGGGCUAUCACUGGGUUCUACACUGAAUUCUAUGUAAAGCAAGCCGAAGAUCCCGUAAACUCCUACUACAUGACGAAUGGUUUUGGAGAUGGCUACUUCGGCAUUCAGGUGAUCUCUCCGACUGAAAGGAGAGUAUUGUUUUCAGUAUGGAGCAAUUAUAAUACUGAAGACCCAGGGCAGAUCCCCGAUGACUACAAAGUGAAGCUGGUGAAGAAAGGCACUGAUGUGAUUUCAGGAGAAUUUGGUAAUGAAGGGUCGGGUGCACAGAGCUACAUCCAAUAUAUGUGGAAUACUGACACCGUUUACAGAGGGCUUUUGACGGCUGAAGCGGAUGGCAGCGACAACACUAUAUUUUCAGGUUACUUCUUUUUGCCGGAGUCGGGCUGGAAGCUGAUAGCUCGAUGGAACAAGCCAAAGACUGGAGCUCGCUUGUUGACAGGGCUUUACUCCUUCGUGGAAAACUUUCGAAGCAAUGGAAACGACUACUUCAGAGCUCACUACGGCAACCAGUGGGCUUAUGGUGAGGGUGGAUGGGUGCAGCUGACCAAGGCUACAUUCGACACGACCGCCGGUGAAGGCGACUAUCAGCGAUAUGAUUAUGGCGCUGGGGCAGAGGGUAAUUGGAUGUAUAUGUUCAGUGGUGGAUUUAGGCAGACCAACAAUGUGAAGGUUGGAGAUGUCAUAGAAAGGAGCGUUGGUCCUGAUCCCGACGUGGACUUCGCAAUCUUGGAUGCUCUCUAAAGCCUACAUGCCAGAGCUCAAAGGCUUUGCUUGGACUGUACCUUUACAAAUAACAUGGCUGGCGCUAGAUGUUUCGAUCCAUGCCGAUCCAUCGCACCUAUCAUAAUCUCCUGGCAAUCUACCUUCAGUUUUCUAAUGUAAUUAUAUUA